AUGACGAGGUCGAUGCACAGAACCACCAUCGCCUUCUAUGUAAUCGUCAAGCUAACAUUUCAGGUGACGAUGAUUGGUGCUGAGGAGGUUCUUGGUCCAUCUGCGACCAACACCUAUAAGACUUUGAUUGUGCAGCGAGCUUUGAGUGCCACGGUUGGAGAGGACGACAACCGCCAACUUCACAACCUUUUCAACAUGUUUCUCAUCGUCAAGGAUUGCCGUGUGCAUACUAUAAUUGAUGGUGGUAGCUGCAACAAUUUGGUAAAUGCUGAGGUGGUCGAGAAGCUUGGCUUGACCACGUGGGCACAUCCCCAUCCUUAUCACAUUCAAUGGUUUAACAACAAUGGUAAGGUUCGGAGUGUUCUUGGUCUUGCAGGUUUUUGUCGGCGUUUUGUGCGGGAUUUUAGCACCAUUGCAGCACCUCUCCACAAGUUGACAAAGAAUGGAGUGCCGUUUCUAUGGGGACCAGCACAACAACAAGCUUUUGAUGCUCUUAAGACGAAGCUCACACAAGCACCAUUGCUGCAACUUCUUGAUUUUGAGAAGACCUUCGAGCCUGAGUGUGAUGCGAGCAGGCAUUGGUACUGGAGGAGUGCUCAUUCAAGGAGGUAA